AUUUUACGGUACACAAGCCUGAAUUGGUGAUGCGCAAAAAAUAUGCAAAAGCUGAAGCGUUAAUUGGAGUGAGAAGUAAUACGACUCUUUCAUCGAGCGUGUUUAUGAUUUUAAGAACGAUAUGUUAGUUUUGGAGGUUGUUGUCAUUUCUGGGUAGUCGGUAACAAGACGUUUAGAGCUAAUAGCAAUGUUGCUCUGUAAACUUUCGUGGUUGUCUGGUGUAGUCAUAAUCUUUAUAGGUCAGUUCCACCACUACUGGUCAAGUUCUUCGAACUUGUUUAAGUUUGCAAAUAUUUUUGUCUUGCACAGAUUUCUUGAGCCCUCUGUGAGUUUGAUCCUAACUGUUUCAUUAUUCUGUUUGAUCUGUAGGUGUCUCGGUUAGGGCACUGAAGCUAACCGCAGUGAGAGAUAAAGUUAGCGUAAAUGUUCGGCAAGAUGUCUCUCUGAACUGGACUUUGGAAAUAAAACCUGGAGAGAAACCUGACAUAUUAUGUGGAACAAGCACAAGCGGUUUGGAAGGCUCGGCCCUUAAAAUGAAAGACGUACUUUUUGCGAAACGCAAAUUUCAGGACAAACCUCAGCCAUCAGAUGAGAUGCCUUCCAAAUUUUCCGGCAGAGUUCACAUGAUUUGGCAGAGCCAAACUAUUUCGCUCUCGAUCAAGCGGGUUGAUCUAUCAGAUGAGGGCUUUUACAUGUGCGAAGUCAGUACGUUAUUUGUCACCGCCAGAGAAAAAAUAUCCUUGGAAGUGAUAGGUAAGUGUGAUGUUUUUGUGUUUUUUUUUUUUGUACUCUCUCCGUCUUCGGCUUAGCUUUUAGCCGCGCGGUUGAUUAGAAUACAGUUCAAACAGGCGAUGAGACCCGUUCAACAAUGACAGCGAGAUGUAAGUAUUAUAAAAGCGCUUAAUUAUGUGCUCUUCGGAGCACUUUUGUAGCUUUUAGUAAACAUUAACAAUCGUGCAUAAAGUAAUGGAUGCGUUUAUUGCGCUCUAUGGACUCGAUGCUCAAAUGAAGUAACCGAGAAGGAAACCAGAUUUGUAAGAUCCCUGAUAUUUGGUGGUGCGGUCAUUUAGUUAUGAAACAGACAGCUUACCAAGAUCACAUAGAGAUAAAAUUACUGGUCAAGCAGAAAAUCUGUUACGCGAGAGAAAGCGAAGGAAACAAACAAUGAGAUAAUAAAUUGUCUUGAAACCACCGUUUUUACAUGAGAAUCUUUUUCACCAGUUUCAUUAAUGAUCCUAAGGAAAUGCCGAUUGAGAACAAAUCACAGUUGUAAAUUGCUUUGCUUCCUGAGUUAUUUACCCGGCCAGUUGUCUUGUCAACAGUACACUUCUUCGCUUCUGAUCGCCACAAAAUCUCUAUGUUUGGGUUAAACCAGCUUAAAUUGCUUGAGAGGUUUGUUUGAAAAUAUUUUCAGAGUAAUAAUCGGUAUUCCGGACUUCGGUGAACCAGAGAUGUAACACAAUUUUAUCUUCGACUACGAUUUUGUACACUUUGUGAUAUUAUCGAUAGGGAUAGCAAUAAAGCUGUCCUUUCAACUCCCUCUGUUUACGGAGGUAUCCGAUUGUUUAGAUUUGAAUGAAGCUGCGUUAAGGGAAUGUAAAUAAGGCUUCUCGCAAAGGAAGUUGUCCGUGAUCUGCCUCAAAUUUUAAUUUUCGUCCAUUCUAUUAUUGCACUGUUAGAUUUGGUUUCAUGUAAUCGCGAAUAACAGUUAUUACAUUGAUUUAGUCACCCGCGUCACUUGCAAGGUCACUAUAAUUUUCAAUAUUUCUUUACUGUUUGCUUUUCUUUCUACAUUCAAACUUUUUCCGUUUGUACUUUGAAUAUUUGGCCGCAUUUUAAUGCCGUGCUCGGAGAAACAAAUUUUGGAACAAAAUGAUCAAACGUUCGAAAUGGAAAUGUCAACAAACCAUUUACGAUCGAAUGAAUAACCUAAUACGAAUGCUAAAGACCUAUGGAAUAAGUCUGAAAUCAGGGAGAACGCAUUCAAGAUAAAUUGUUAAUGGUAAGUUUAGAAGUCAAUCCCGAAGAACAUUUUGUUGUAAUGGUGUGAUUGGUAUUUUUGAGAAAGGGAUAAUGCAUAUUGUUGUAAUGGUGUGAUUGGUAUUUUUGAGAAAGGGAUAAUGCAUUUGCUUAGCUGGAAAUUAAUUUGUUCGUGACUUCUUCUAUCGCAGAUCGUCCUCGCAAGAAGCCACCCUGUAGGUCAAAAACCGCAUAUUGAGUGAAACAAAGCCCUUACUACGCUAUCCGUUUAUUUAGAAUUUUUUAAGUGUCCUUGCUGCUCUUCUUUCGCAUUUCAUUGUCGCCGAAUUGUAAACUGGACUUAAAAAAUCGAGAACGGAGUUUAGCAGACUGUACAGGGCUUUGUUUUGACUUCGAGCGGACAUUAUUGAAGUCCUGUUGAUGAAUAGGCAACUACUGUUUUUUUCACAGAAUUCAUUACAUAUAAUUUUUUAAGAGACCAGCUGCUCCAAGUAAUUAAAAAUCCUUUCUUUUGCCAACUCCUGAGAGGUCUUUUUUUGGCACAACCUUCAAAUGAUUUGCGAUUAGUAAAUAAUUUAUUCCGCAAGGGUGUCAAUGUCAAUGAAACAGCGUGGGGAACUUGGUUUUUUUCUUAGCAAACACUGUGUUUCGCUCCUGUGUAAGUUGCCUAUUUUUAUAUUUCAUUGUUAUCUCCCAAUAUUAAAUUCAGAUUUAGCUGUGGUGAAAUAAUUUGGAAAGUUUGGUUCGUAUUGUGCGUAAUGUUUUUAUUCAAAUACUUCCUUGUGGGUAAUCAUUGAUGGAAUUUUCAAUUUAGAACGACACUUGAUAUAUGACGGUGAAAAAUCGCUUUUAGAUGCAAAUGCGAAAAACAUACAAAAAUCAGUCAUAUUCAAAAUUAGAAUGACAAGAUAAUAUGAACAUUUAAGUAAUUUAAAAUCUGCUGAUUCUUAAAUUCAUCUUUUUUUAUGAAUAAAAUUUGUCUUACAUAAAUUUGUCUUGGAAAAGAAAAAUUGAAAGGAGAAAUCUUUUGACUGGGAUGUUAAGAGGUUGAAAGAAUAUUAAUAUUGUGACCAUAACUGAUGUGUUCUAAUAUCUGUGACAUUUGAUUUGUGUUUGGAUAUGGGUGUUCCAAACAUUUAACUGGAAGUUGGGUGUUGGAUUCAUGUAUUAAUAAUUUGUAAGGGUUUUUUUUUUAUUCAGGCAUAAAGUUGAAAUGGCAGGAAGGUACAGAGUAGCUUACAAGUGAGAUGAGUUUGAAAAUAGUUGCUGUUGAUCAUUUAGCCUUGUUAUUGCUGGCUGUCUAAACACUUAUAGUAGUCUUCCUUAUAUUUUUGGGGUGUUUUAACCCUGAAACUCCUAUAAGUGAUCAAGACAGAAUUUAUCCUUACAUAUGAAGACGAUAUCAAGCAGGCAAGGACUGAGAAUAAAUAAAAGUAUCAGUUAGGGGAUUAUUAAUUGAUCCAAUGCCAACUUCUUCAAACUAACAUCGGAAGAAUUUUAUGACUAACAGUAAGGAGAAAUGAUCAGAAGAUCUGUUAGUGAAAAGGCUAAACCCUUGCUGUAAUGUCAUCCAGUAAAGUUCAACAAUAUUUCAUCCUUAGGUUUUUAUUUUUUCACACUUUUAAACUUAACUCCUCUGGCUGAUUAUAAAAAUUGAUGGUUUUCUUUUUAGAAUCUAAAAUCUAGCAAACAUUAUAAAGAGAGGCAAAGAUAACUGAACUACUGGGUGUAAUCUUGAUGUAAUCCCAAAUUCUCACAACCAAUUUUUAAGUUAAAUGUGUCGCAGCUUAGAGAGAAUUACAUGUAGCAUCUGAGUAGUUACAAGGUUGAUAUACAUGUUUUUGUGUCUUUUGUAUAUAUAGUGUAGAAAGUUUGGUGAGAUACGGUUUUUCUUACCAGAAAAUGUUGGUUUUGGUACACUCUUGUUAAUGCUGUUUUUCUUUUGGUUUUGUUUUUCUUUUAACUAACGCAGUCAAGUUAGAGGUAAUUGAAGCUUUUAAUUCUUUAAAUCCUAUUAGUGACCAAGACAAGAUUUCUCCCUACAAUUUUAAUACAAUACCAGGCAGACAAGUCACAAGAAUAAAGAAAAAUAUCAGUUCGGGUAUUAAUUAUCAGUUGAUCCAAUACCAAAUUCUCCAAACCAAGAUUGUAAGAAUUUUAUGGCAGACAGUAAGGAGAAUUACUGGUUGGAUCGAGAUCUUGGGAGUGAAAGGUGUAUGAGAAAAACCUUUUAAUCCACUGCUGGAAAUGAAACUUCAAGUGCACCACAGUGUUCUUAGUUAGAUUUGAAGAAGGCAUUUGCCAAAUAUGAUGCAGGCUGCUGUGAUAAAUAGACAAAUUGAAUGGCUUAAGAACAAAACUUUGCAAUCCUCUGCUGGAAAUGAAUUUCUUUUUGUGUACAAAGGGUUUCUCAGUAGGAUUUGUAGUGGGCGUCUGCUUAAUUUGAAGCAGGCUGCUGUGACGAGGAAAAUAUAAAAGUCAGGCACGUAGACUAUAAAAGUAAGCCGCCGUAGAUCUUAAAGUUGUUUACUUUCUUUGACACCAUUUAUUUGACUUUACAAAAUACUUUCAAGUCCUAUUCACAAUUUUUUUACCAUGAGUUGUUAUGUUAGGUUACUUAAAAAAAUGGAAGAUUUAGAACACUUAAUUUAUGUAUGGUGUUGCACAAUUUUUUCAACUUAUGCAAAUUUCCUGCAAUCUAAGAUCUAGCGAUAGAGAUGUUUGGCUAUUUGAUUGGGGGUUAACCUGAGUAAAGAUAGGGCAGAAUAACAGAAAACGAUUAAUUCAAAUACUAUUUUGAAUAUUUUGGUAAAAAUAAAUUCAAAGAACUUACAAGCUUAAGGACCAAAGCUUUGUAGACAAACUGGUAAAUAAUUUCAUAAUGACUAUUACAAUCGUUAAAAAAAUUUGACGGGAGUAUAAUUGAUCAAGCGAACAGUGUUUGUGGUCGAUGCUAUCUUAAAAAAAUUUUGAAAAUGUCGGGGCGGGCUUCACUUCACAAAGACAAUUGCCCACACAAUGUUCAUUAUAGCAUGACUGCUCAAGGGCUCCUUUCUAAUUAGUAUGCAAUUACUGUUGUGAUUAUAGUAAUUAAUGAAUGUCUGUGACUAGUAGAGGGAAAUAUGAUGGUCAUUAGGUUCAGCAAGUUUUCAUGCUGUUACAGCAUGGAUUGAAUUAUUGAGGGUGGUACACAAACCCAAUAAUUUCUUGAUGAGAAGCCCUUGAAAAUUAAUUGUGUUGGUGAUGCAAGGAGCAGUUUUACUGAUUGACUUUCUCAUGAUUACAGCUCUGUUGCCUGCAUUUAUUUAUUAGCAUUUAAAUGUAAAUCAGUCUUUUUUCAGUUAGUUGUCUCAAUUGUUAAUUAAAAACAAAAAUUAAAAACAGGAUAUAGAGUUGGCACUCACUCACCUUUUUGGCAGACAGUAAGGAGAAUUACUGGUUGGAUCAAGAUCUUGGGAGUGAAAGGUGUAUGAGAAAAACCUUUUAAUCCUCUGCUGGAAAUGAAACUUCAAGUGCACCACAGUGUUCUUAGUUAGAUUUGAAGAAGGCAUUUGCCAAAUAUGAUGCAGGCUGCUGUGAUAAAUAGACAAAUUGAAUGACUUAAGAACAAAACUUUGCAAUCCUCUGCUGGAAAUGAAUUUCUUUUUGUGUACAAAGGGUUUCUCAGUAGGAUUUGUAGUGGGCGUCUGCUUAAUUUGAAGCAGGCUGCUGUGACGAGGAAAAUAUAAAAGUCAGGCACGUAGACUGUAAAAAGUAAGCCGCCGUAGAUCUUAAAGUUGUUUGCUUUCUUUGACACCAUUUAUUUGACUUUACAAAAUACUUUCAAGUCCUUUCAAGUACUUUCAAGUCAGACCCAAUAAUUUCUUGAUGAGAAGCCUUUGAAAAUUAAUUGUGUUGGUGAUGCAAGGAGCAGUUUUACUGAUUGACUUUCUCAUGAUUACUGCUCUGUUGCCUGCAUUUAUUUAUUAGCAUUUAAAUGUAAAUCAGUCUUUUUUCAGUUAGUUGUCUCAAUUGUUGAUUAAAAACAAAAAUUAAAAACAGGAUAUAGAGUUGGCACUCACUUUUGUUUAAAAUCACUUUCAAUUCAGGAUGUUGGUUGCCGCUGGAAAUUAAACCUUCUUUAAAUUAAAACGUGUUAGAUGGCAUAGGGGGACCCUGAUGUUUUAAAGAAUUGGGUGAAAAAUUUAAAAUGUUGAUUCAUAAUUUAGUAGUGUAAACUUACAGGGUUAAUGUGACCCCACAUAUUUAUAAAAUAAGUUUAAGAUGUUUUUGUGGGUAUCUAUCUCUUACUAACUGAGUUGGAGGUCUGUACUGUAAGUUGCAAACCAAAUUGUUUUCUGCUCAGAUUUAUGGCCAAGUGCCAAGUGCACAGGGCAAAAAUUUAGGUGGACUUAAUGGGAUAUGUAAUUUACAGUAUUGUCCAUGAAAACAAGUUUAGUAAGAUAUUUAUUAUAUCUAGCUUCAAGACUCUUUUUUUCAUUACAAAACAAAUCAAAUCAUGGUAAUGAAAUAACCAAUUCUUUGAGAUUUCUUUCAACUGAAAAAGGAGAAAGGAAAGAAAUUAAUAAAUGUUUUGCCAAAACAGGUCAGUUUAAGUGCCAUUCUCAGUGCUGUCAGACUUUUGGUCUCCAUAAGAUCAAAAUCAGUUUCCAUGUAGAAAGCUUUUGACCUUGCUUAUUGUUUCAGUUUGUUUGAGGGGCAUCACAUCUGCACCUAGAGCAUGGCCUACAAUGGGUGGCAAAAGUGUUUGCAUAUACUACUAGCUUUUAAAUUUCUUCUUCAACUUUCAUUUAUUUCUUCCUCUCCCCCAUCUCAAUUUUGCCUGCAUGGUGUUGACAAAAUGGGCUAAUUAAUUUUUAUAUACUACUUAAUAAAAAAAACUACUACAACAAGAUAUGUGGGGUUUACUUGCAAAUUAAAGGCUGCACUAUGCAUUGCCAAAUCAAACACUUGUAACCUACUCAAAAUUUUAUUUAUUCCACUAUCAAUAAGUAGUACUUAUUUUUAUGGGUAGCAAAGAUAUGAAUUUUAUUGGAAAACAAUUUAUUGUGCGAUCAAAUUCAGGUAAGAGAAAAGGUUUAUUGGCCUUUUUUUUGGUAAUCCAAUUGCACAAGUAGAUCACAAUUUUUCCUGUUUGAACGGAAAAUCAAGUUGCCUGUUGUAGAAGUUUGAAUGGCUAAAGUUUCCUGCCCUGACAAGAUAAGGCAGAAAUACUAGCAUCUUCUCAUGAUGGAAGCAUAAGUUUGUAACUGACCCCACUUGAAAAAAUUUCAGCUAUGUGGUUUCAGUGAUGGUACACAGAAGUUUCUUCACAGUAUUUCUUUAUUUGCUUCUUUCUACAACCUUGGAUAUUCCCUACUGAAUUGUUUUCUUUUAUAGAUCCUCCACGGAUUACAACAGUUCUUCCAAAGGAAAUUAACAAGAGUGAAGGCCAAAAUUUACAACUUACUUGUGAGGCCAAUGGGCGGCCAAAACCAAGGGUCUCAUGGAAGAGAGGAGAAACAGUUUUCAAUAGGACACGGCAGAUUUCCUCUCUGAAUUUUUCACCCUUAACUUACAAAGAUCAUGGGGAAUACAGAUGUGUUGCUGAAAAUGCUGGUGGAAGGGAAGAAAAAAAAGUCAAAAUCAAUGUCCAGUGUAAGUGUAGUGUUAUGUGAUUAAUUAACUUUAAAUGCCACCAUCUCUCAUGCUAGACGUCAUUUCCUCAAAUUAGCAUCUGGGCUCUGAUAGGGGCCAUCCACCAAAUAAGCACCCACCCUUGAAGGCCAUAAUGUCAAACAUGCAACUAUCCCAAUGUGCAAUCCUCCAUUGUUUCCUUACUUUCUUAAAUACUAGGGAUGCAAGGAAAAGCUCUUUCUAUAACCACUUUCUUCAAAACUUUUUAAGCUUUAAUAACUACAACAGAAUCAGUACAGGAAAAUGAUAAGCAGCCUCCUCAAUUAAGCACUAUCCUUAAAUAGGUAUUUCUCCUUUUAUGGUUUUUUUUGUGCAGCUUUGCGGCACAUUUUGUAGGCCAAAAAUCGAGAUUUUGGUGAGCUAAAAUAUAUUUUUCUCUCCUAAUUUACAGUGUUGAUAAUGGUACAAUACAAUUUGUGUUCUUGGGCAUCAGUAUGUUUUGGGGCCCUUCUCAGAGUCAUUUUAAACCUUGCCUAGCAGCUUGGGCUAAAAUGACUCCAAGUCAGGCCCAAAGUAUAUUGCCUGUGAUCAUAAACCCAAUUGUUUUUAAUUAUUGAUUUCAGAUUUUUUAAAAAUGUUGCUUGUUGUUAAAUUUCAGAUUCACCCAAGGAAACCAACAUUACCACAGAUGCUUAUCAGGACAUAGUUAGUGAUGGUAGUCGCAUUUCAAUCACUUGUGUAGCAUAUGGGAAUCCUAAACCACUUUACCAAUUUUUUAUUGAAGAUAAGCCUAUAACAGAUAGAAAGGCAGAGAUAUCAGGUGUACUAAGUGUGACAGCCAUUACCUACAGGCAAAGUGGAAUCUACAGCUGUGUACCAGAAAAUGAAAAAGGCAAAGGUCCCAAAAAGGAGGUUGCCAUAUACGUCCGACGUAAGUCAAGUUACUGGGAAUUAAAACAUCUCUGACAUAAUUGUUUGUGUUUGAACAAGAGGCCUGAUCACUUUGGACCAGUGACUCUUUCACAGAUUGAUGAUUUUGCACUAACUUUUAUUUUCAAAAACUUGUAUGGUAGCCUGGCAAUGCCUACCUUUAUCUUGGUUACUUUGGUUAGCUAACUGUGCCUGUGAUUAACUCACAUUGUAGAGGACCAGACUACUGUGUGGGAGGUUCAGGGUUCAAGCCCUGGAUCAGACCAACAUUUGGGGUCUUAAAAUAACUGAGGAAAAUGUGUUGCCUCAGCCAUGACAUACGCAGAUGCCGAGACAUUCCAGCCUUCUCGGAUAAAGACAAUAAACUUUAGGCCCGGUCUCUUGCACCUUCUCUGGUUGGCGGGGGAUAUUAAAGGCCCCACAAACCUUUCACAAAUAGUAAGAAAGAUAUCUCUUAGUGUUGUGGUUUGACCUGGUUUUUGUGUAUACAGGUCCCCAUUCAUACCAGAUUUGAGCUGAACUAGGCUAGCCUGUCUAAAUAUCACAAAUGCAUACAUACAGUAUAUGCCAUUAGCAGUGCUACACAAACACAUGUUUUGUCAUGUGAAUUAAAGAACUCUUCAGUCAUUGGAUCCCUCACAUCCCUCACAUCCCUCGCACUGCAUAUCAUUUGUGUGCCACGGAAAGAAAUGCAACAGCAGCUUUUGAUUACUGACAACCCAACAAAACACCUACAAUUAGAACAUUUUGGAGACUAAGUGCAGGUAGGAAAGCUGUAAUGGCUUCUUAUGGCAGGAAAUUAAAAACUGGGUGACAUGAUUGAGUACAAUACCUGGUACCUCAACUCUAACCCAGACCCCCACUUGGUUUGUGAGAAACCUCUUUCUUUUCUUACUUCUAAGCUCACCUUACAAGACAAAAUGGUUCUGAAUUUUUUCUUCAGACAAACCAGAGAUCACUCGUCAACCAGCCAACGUGGCUGUAGAUGAAGAUUCCCCUGUGUCAGGGUUUUGUGAUGCCAAAGGUUACCCACCUCCAGAAAUAACAUGGGAGAAAGUACGAGGCAAUAAACUGGUUGCCAGGGGAAGGAAUUUGUUUAUUCCAAACGCUCGGCGAUCUGACAAGGGACGGUACAGAUGUGUGGCUUCUAAUGGCGUUGGAUAUGCAAGUGCAGAGUUUAGGAUUGAUGUUUACUGUGAGUGAAUACUUUAAUUAUGAUAUAACAUAUGCAAAGCAGGGGCUUAAAUAUAUUUUUCUCAGGCUCUGGAAGAAGGGCUGUACAGCAGGCUAAAGAGAUGGCAGUAAGUGGUCUUAACAGGGCAUUGGCAGAACACUGGUAACUAGUGUUUUUUGAAACAUCUGUACAUAGAAGAUAUACUUAUUAUGUGUGUCAUGUGGAUGUUAAUUUUAUGUUCAAGUGUUGAUAAUUUUUCUCAGAGUGAGGAAAGCAAGCAAGUAAGAGAUAUUAUCCCCUCAAAAUAGAAAGCAAAAUGCUUUCUCCUCUCAGGCCCUCCUUUUCAAUCAAAAAGUAUGUAUAAUAUAUAGUGGUAUUAAAGUAAAUGGCUAGCUGUGUUCUACAAAUAGUCCAUUUUACAGUUGUGUGCUUGGUUGCCAAGCCUUUGAACAGGAGUGAGGCUAUUAGGUUGACCUUGUUAUGAUACAAACCUUUUUUUCUUCUCAAAUGCAAAUUACUUUGUUAUCAUGCUAACUAGAUACUGGUCUCUAUCACAACAAGGUCACCUUCAGCCUCACUCCAAAUCAAAGGCUUGGCAACUAGGUACAUGCACAACUGUAAAAUGGCCUAUUGAGGAAAAAUGGGAUCUUUAUAACCAGUAUGGCAAUGUGAGUGGAACCAUAAGCUUGACAACUUAAAACUCACUUGUGUCUAUCUUCUCCAGCUCCGACCAUGUCUUGCUUUGGUGGUAACCAAAAUACAAUGUAUUUGCCUCAGAAAGAGUUGUUUUAUGGUUAUUUUAAGAAAAAAUGAUCUUUUAAAUUGACCAUAUUUGAUUUACUUUUUUUUGUCUUUCCCCAACAAGACAAGCCUGUUAUUAAUAGGACUGCAUCAAGUCAAGACAUUCCAGUGUGGGCAGGGAAUACAGCAAAUUUGUCAUGUGUUGCUGAUGGCAACCCAGCUCCUCGAUACAUCUGGACUAACUCAACUGGUCAUGUAGCAACCUCAGAGGAGAGUGGAGUACUGCAGGUAACUCCGCAGGAUUCCGAUGGUUUUGGGCCGUACACAUGUACAGUGGAGAACAGUAAAGGAAAGGAUUCCUAUGAUAUACGUCUGGUGAAAGUUGGUAUGUUAAAUUUAAUUGCAGGGGUUUCAAUAACUUUUUUUUUCAUUAGUGGCUGCUGAUGGUGUAAUAGGUGGCUGUGACUAGAAAAGGUGCCAUGAAUCUCAAACAAGAGAGCUUGCUUGCAACUAGACUAAACAGACAACUGUUAGAGGUGUUAAUUUAUAGAUGGCUGUCAGACAGCCUGUAACUGGUUACUCCUCCUAGAUGCCAUGCUAGUUCUUGAAAACUAACUCAGGAAUUUUGAUAGAGGACAAAUUUCUGUCCUCCAUUUGUCCAAAUACAUUUUAGGGCCCAGUUGUCCAUAGAGUGAUAAUGCUAUCCAAUGAAUAAAUCACUAUCCAUUAAAUAAGUUUCAGAAAAAUGCUUUGUGCUGUGUUCUGUGCGGAAUCUCUAUCCACUUGAUGGAGGAUUUAUCCAUUCAUCCAUUUAUUAAAUGGGAGCCAAGAGCAAAAAACUCUUUCACCUACUGUAGGUAUUAAGGAAUUGAACAGAACAGUCUUUCAAAGACACAUAGAAAUAAUUUAUUUGCCAAUUAGGAUUUUUGAAAUGACUUCUUUGUCUCUGUGAUUUGACAUGUAUUUGCUUUUAAAAUUCAGAAUUCUGCCACAUUUAGGUGAUCAUAUUUGCAUCCAGCACUUGGUCCCCCUGUUCAACUCAUCUUUGUUUUUUAGUUGCCAUUCCAUCAUAAAUGUUUUACCUUAAUUGAAGAUUGAGGUUUGGAGAGAAUCUAUCUUAAUAACUCUUCACCAUUCUUUUGCAUCUGUCUUUAGAUAAACCAAUUGUCAAACUUAACCUUGAAGCACGGUCCACAACCUCUCUCUCCUUCACUUGGUCAUUACUGUCAGAUAGCAUGAGCAAUAAUCCGCCUUACUACACUUUACAGUACCGUAUGGAUCAGGACAGCGCCUGGUUGAAAAAAACAAUUUCUUCAAAAGUCAAUUCUUAUGUGCUUACUGGUUUACAGCCUUAUACUUUGUAUACUGUACAAUUGCUUGCAACAAAUUUGCACUUUACUAGUGACCCAUCUCGUGUCACAGCAAAGACUGGUGCAGCAGGUAAGAUUGGGACUCUGUAUUCUGUACUGGUAGUUUGUUCGUAUUGCUUGUGUGUAGAAGCAAUGAAUGAUGCAGAAUUCAGUUGAGAGUUGUAAAACCAAAACCUAGGAAAGUACAAUAGCAAUCUGAUUAGGAAUUCAUUCCCAAACCCAUCUGGUUAAUUGUGAAGAACAACUCCCAGAAAAAAACCUGUCGACUGACUAAUGGCCAACUGUUGACUGACACAGAUGGAUGACAGGUGGUCAUUACUGCAGAGAUAACUCUCAUAUUCAUUUAUUAAUACAUGAGUUGAUGAAAUAGUCAGUCUAGGGGAGCUUUUCUUCAUAAUAACCCCCAUCUGACACAACUCUCAAGAGAAUUAUCAUUCACACACUUUAGACUUGGGUCAUUUAUCAAAAGAGAAUUACAUGUAAGAACCUUGGUCUGCUUCUUUUAAUUUGUAAUUGACCUUAUUAGAAUUUGUUCUGUUAUCUAGCACCUGGACCUCCUGAGAAUGUCAGGGCAUAUGCAGUUAACAGGACGUCUAUUCGUGUGGAGUGGGACCCCCCAAAGAAACCCAAUGGACCAAUAAAAACAUACUCUGUCUUUAUCCCAGACAGUGUGCACUUGGUGUCUGUUAAGGAAAAUGUUACUGAGGUUGUCAUUGGACGUCUGGAGCCAUACACCAACUACACUGUGAAAGUGAGGGUGCAAAACAGUGUAGGUACAAAGGAGAGCUCUGCUGUGAUUGUUCAAACAAAACAAUCAGGUUAGUUCUUACAUCUGCUUUGCACCAGGGAUCUCAUGAAUCAAGGUGAAUCCUUGGUAUGUCCAGAAGUGCUUGCAGUAACUAAAAAGGCAAAAAUUUGUCAAAGUUGCCAGAUCUGCUGAGCUGAUUUUGUUUUGACCAAUUUGACUAAAAUUCGUCAAAAUUCUGCCAAACUGAUUUCACUUUGAAAAGUUUGACUAAAAUGCGCAGAAAUCACCGAACCAUGAAUAUUCAAUUGGUUUGACAAAAUUUUGUCAAAUCUGCCAUUUUCAUUGCUGCAUGCUUUUCUAGACAUAAGGGGAAUUGUUGUAAUCUGCUCCUGAAUAUUUGAAUAACUGUUGGAAUAAUGUCAACUCAGCUGGCACUAUAUAUGUCAGUUUUGUUAUGGUUUUCCAUUGGAUUGUGCCUGCAGAGCCUUACUUUCAUAUGAUAAAACUUCUAAAAUGAUAUUUACGAUAUACUAACUAUAUACUUUAGACUAUAUAGAGAGACCAAUCAUGACCUAAUUGCACCACCUGAGCAAUCAGCUUAUACGAACAGGACUUAAAACAUUUGACUGACAACAACUAUUACGUAACCUUGACUUAGAUGAUGACUUCCUCGCAGAUUAUCAAAACAAAAGUCACCACCUGCCACAACAGUCUGUCUCUGGACAAUCAGACUACAUUAUCAUAUACAGACUAGGUAAACAUUUGCCUUUUUUUUGAUCAGCCCCAAGUAAACCAGGUAAACUUGAGGCAAACAUGACAGGACCUCACAGUGUGCGUCUAAAAUGGACAAAACCAAAAAGACCAAAUGGCAUAAUUGUGAUAUUCAAAGUAAGAAUGUUCUGGAGGUUCAAGAACAGAAAAGGAGGGUACAAAUACAAUACUUACAUUAUUCCUGCAAAAGUUACAAACAAGAGGAGGAAAAGGAGACUUGCCCGUGAAACGUCAGAUAAUAUUGUAUGGAGACUAGAUCCCUUCAGAGACAUUGAGCUGAAAAAGAUACAGCCUUUUGCUAUCAUAUCAGUGCGUGUAUCUGAGGCAACUAGAGAUGAUGACAAGGAACCAAUGUGGAGUCCAUUUUCCAGUAACCAGACCAUAGAGACUGACGAGGGAGGUAAGAGGACACAAUAAUAUUGUUUUAUUUGAGAGAAAUUGGAGGCUGUUACUCGUUGUGGUGGGCAACUGUAAACAGGGAUUUCAAAAUAGGCCUAUGACCACUGGAGUUCCAUUGGCUACAUGAUAACAUGUCACCAGUUACUCUUGUUAAAUUAGUUAUCUCCUGGCCCUUAGUAAAAUUUUUUAUAGUCACUUACUUUGGCAGUUCGCGUCUGAAGCUUUAAUUGUCAUUGGCGAUGUUCACCUUUCUUUAUUCGCCUUGACAUCCUUACAAACUGUUGGAAAUAAAAAGAAUUAUUUUUUACUAAAGAUCUUGUCUACAAAGCCAAGUCUUUUUUUGAAAUCUGACCGAUUGACUUAGCGAGUCUUUACAGUGUUGUUGUCACACAAUAACUCGUUCACGUCUAAAACUUUUUUGGUCAUUGGCAAUGUUCACCUUGCUUAUUUGCCUUGAGAUCCUUAUAAACUUUGUUGAAAGAUCCUUAAAAACUUUUUUGAAAUGACCGAUUGAAAAUCUUUGUUUUUUUUUUUUAACUGUCUAAAAAUAUUUUGUCCAGAGAUCCUUAUAAACUUUGUUGGAAAUAAAAAAAAACUGAAUAUCUUUGACAUAAUGAGAGAUUUACAGUGAUUUGGGAUUUACAGUGUCGUUGUCAUGCUCAAUAAUAUCUCGUUCACGUCCGAAGCUUUCUUAGUCAUUGGCGAUGUUUACCUGGCUUUAUUCGCCAUGAGAUCCUUAUAAACUUUGUUGGAAGAAAAAAAAUUGCUUUUUUCCUAAAGACCUUUUACUUUUCUAUGUGUUUAACUUCUAAUAAGUUGUACUGGAUUGAAGACCAACCCGCCGACGUCUCUACUCGAUUUUAUACGUCGGCGAGUUGAACUGUCGGCUGUCGGGGGGGGGGGGGUUGAUUAUAACAGAAGAGUGUGGCUACUGUCAUUAGGUUUACUUGGACAGAACUGACAAAUAUUUAUGGAAGGAAAUGAAACUUGAGGGCACUGAUUGAUACAAUGUGAUUCAGUAGUAAUCCUUGUCUGUCUAUUGUAAUGUGAUCAUGUUAUUUUAUUCAACCCUUUAAUCCCUAACAUCAGUAGGUAUGUUCUCCAUACUGUUUUCUUGAAUUCCCUUCCAGCACCAGGUGCUCCAAGUGAUGUCAAACUGGAAGAGAAAUCAGCCACAUCCUUGUUAGUGACUUGGAAAUCACCUGAGUAUCCAAAUGGAAUUAUUCAGGGAUACAGGAUAAUCUACUCUGACAACACAGGGAGAAACGUCAGCACAGCAGAUAUCACAAAAGGGCUGACCAAUAAAACAUUGUUUUAUCUAUUAACUGGUCUCAAGGAGAAUGUAGAGUACAAAGUUUAUGUAAGUACAAUUGUAACAGUUUUAAUGAACUACUGUAGUUAAUUCCAUGCAAAACUAAAAUUGUGAAUCAUGUGUGAUUCUUGCAAUCUCACUUUUUCACCCUUUUUGCACACUGGUCAAAAUUUGAUCAGUUUUGGGCUUCAGUCACACAGUAUGACUGAAAUCACUAGUUGAGUUUUCAGUAUGUACUUUGUCCAAGUUGUAGAGCAUCUGCAGUAUCAAUGUUGAUUGGGAGUGUUCACAAUUCCUGUGUUUUUGUUUGUUUUUUUUUUUUUUUGCGGGGUGUGUAUGUCUGUGUCAGAAAUUAACUAACAUUAAAGGAAGGUUUUUUUCAGUCUUUUGGUGGACUGGGGGUGGGGGGAGCUAAGAAUGGGUCAAGAAUGACUGACCCCUUAAACUCUUUUCACUCUAACAUCAGUAUGCAUAUUCUUCCAUGUGUUCUGUACAUUCCUAGCAAUCAAGAGCUUCUAUAGAUGGUGACCAUUUGUUUUAUUCUAGUAACCUGAAAAAUUGAUUCAAGGGAUUGUAGUUUGUAGGGAGAAAUUAGAUGCUAAUCACUCUUAGAGGUCAAGUUUUAUAUCUACCUAAUGACUGAGAUGAGAGAUGAAAUUCUCAAAAUAUCUAAUAUCCUUGUUAAUCAACUGUUAUUAAUGAUGCUUCUGAUGUGCUCUUUCCCCAACAGGUUCAAGCUUUUACUAGUUAUCCAGGAGAGGUCAGCUCUCCAGUCAUUUACAACAAAACACCAGGUUAGGCUGGAGAUAUAUACUCUAUCAUGUCUUAAACUAUAAACAGAACCCUGUGCAACUAGCUACAUGUACCUUUAAAAAUAUAAUGUUAAACCAUUGUUUGAUGAUCAAUAUUGUGAGUUUUGUAACUGAUUUGAUCAUUGUACUUUGCUGCUCCAGGAGAUGUGGCAGAACAUACUGGAGUGGACACUGGAUCACUGUAUGGUGGAGUAUUUGCUGGGAUAAUAAUUUUGGCUUUUGCGAUCAUCAUUAUUGCUUUAAUUAUAAGGUAGGAUGUCCAGUUUAUACUCCCAUUUAAUUGUAGAAACAACAAGUAUUUAGAUGUGGCUAGGGGCAGAGAUUCAAUUGGGUAAUAGUCCAUUUUACAGUUGCGUGCUUAGUUGCCAAGCCCUUGAAUAGGAGUGAGGUUAAGGGUGACUUUGUUAUGAUCCAAAUGUUGCUGCUUUUCAAUUGUAAAUUACUUUGCUAUCACACUAACUAGAUACUGGUCUCUAUCACAACAUGGUCACCUUCAACUUCACUCCAAAUCAAGGGCUUGGCAACUUAGUACAUGUACAACUGUAAAAUGGCCUAUUGCCACUUUUCUCCACUACAUUUGAAUUUCCCACAAUGUAACAUGAUAUCAGAUUUCUGGAAGUAGGCAUCUUUAGUUCAAGAGAACUGAGAGGUGCUUCGAAUUUUGUGGUGUUAGUGUGUAGUUUUAACUUGUUUGUGAUUGUAUGCCAGUUCUGAAACCAUGGAUGGGGGAAAAAUUUUAGAUUCUUAUCAGAGUUCAUUGAAUUUAAUCAACAGAAAACACAGAAGACGAAGAGAUUCCACAGAACUCAAGAACAAUCGUUAUGCUGUGGCUAACUCUAAUGACAGUGGGAUAGGAGAUAAGGACUCUCUUGACCGUGUGCCUGGGAUCAAGUAUCUUCAAGGGCGACGUGGAUCAGAAGGUUCGGAAUCAUGGGUUUAGUUAGUAUGGAAAGCUUCUUGAUUUGUAUUUUGUACAAUGCAUGCUACAGAUCUUCAAUCAAGGAUUGUCCCACCAUUUGGGAUAACUUAAUGGAAGAUUUAUCUGCUGCAAUAAGGUGAUCAAUGGAUUUUUCUUGGUUUAGACCUGUUCAUUUCAGCAGAUGAAGUCAUUAGCAGUAAGCACUUUAAUAGGAUUUUUAGGAGAAAUUGCCCCCAAAAACCUGGAAAAAAACGCCAUUGUGUGCUGAACGUAGAUAUUAAGGCAACCAAUAACAUAAAAUAGACAAUAAUUGGAAAUUGCUUUAAGGUGCCUUAGUCCAAACUUAAAGUAUUAAAUUGAUGGAAGCAUAAAAUAUAAAUUUAAUACAUCUUAAUUCUGUAAGAUGAAAUUCAAUUUUCUGAAAACAUUAUUUAUUACAAUGAAAGUAUACAUGUUUGUAUAAUUUGACUGAAAUUGAUAAAUUUCUCUUCUUUUUUGCAACUGUACAUUAUAAAACAGCUACUACUGUAUAUCUUCAAAAUAAUGUAACCUUUUUCUGCCAGCAAAAAAAUUUCAUAAUCUGUAAAUAUAAUGAGAAUUGCCAUUAAAGCUUUUUACAAGUAAAGAGUUUUGGAAAUAAUUGGUUUAACAAAAAACAUGAUAUUUUAAAAACCCUUAUACCAAGUAAUGUUAAUUACAAUACUGGUCAACGUAGUUCAGGUGUAAAGAUUCAGUAUGGAACUAAUGGAGCAAUAGAAAAUGUCAAAUUUGGAGAACCCAGCUUCAAAUUCAUUAGGGUUAAAAAUUGGCUGCAAUUAACACCUGACUAAUAACAAAGGUGUGACCAUGACAUGGUGCCAGUAGGGAAGUUUGAAAUACUAGAGUUGGCAAUGAAGCCCAGAGAUUCUACUCUUAACCCUGUACACCUCAACAUCAGUAUUUGUAUUCUCCAAACUGUGCUCUUAAAAUUUUCCAUGAUACUGACAAGGAGAAUUUGUUUGGCAAUUGAGAGCCUCUUAAAUUGGAGAUCAUUUUCUCUCGGGGAUUAAUUUUUUAAGGUUUCCUCAGGAAAAUUUUGUGACAGCCACUGGAUUGGUUGAAAGGUCAAACCUUUGUUGAUAGCAAUCAUUAUUGAUAAAACGAUUCCACUGUAGAACAGUGGAAUAUUGGAGCAUUGGAACAGGUGUCUGGUGGACAAUAAAAUGAUAAAUAUUGAGGAAAAAGUCCUAAAUUAUGUUUAUAUUAUUAACUCGUAAAAAUAUUGUGGAGGAGUUGAAUGGUUCCUCAUGAGAUUGAAUUUUAUCUUAAAAUUUCAAUUCAUUUUCAGUUCAACUAAGGUUGCACUUGUAUAACUUUCUAUUUUACUUUUUCAUGCUUAAAUAUUAAAUUAAAUGUUAACUUUUUUAAAUUUUUAUUUUAUUUUAUUAAAUUUUCAGUUUUUGGCCUUUGAUUGUAUUUUAAUGGUUUUUAUUGGCAGAUGCUACACGCACAUUGUUAAUUUUCUUGCAGCAUGUGACAUGCCUAUUACACUAACCACACUAAACUAACAUGCAUAAUUAACCUUACAAUAAAUGCCUAAUCAUUUUUUCCCACUUUUUUGUGCUAAUAUUCAUGUAAUUAUAACAGUUUUGAAUCAUGCUAACACCUCACUAUCAUCUGAAAUCUAGAAGAUUUUUUGAAUUUGGGAGUUUUUUUUUCUUAAUUAAUGUUUGCAAGACUUCAAUAUGACGAACAUAAGAAUAUAUUGAUAAAUAUUGUAAAUAAUUAAAUUUUUAAAUUAUCAAAUUAUCGUAUAAUUAUCAAAUGCAAUAAUUUUCCUGAACACUGUAGAAUUUGAUUUUAGAGUGAAUUAUCCCACUCAUGAAUAAAAUGCUGUGGUGCAAUAAAAGUAUUCUUAAAUGAGGCUCCUUGAUAUUGCAAACAACAGGAAUUGAACUGCUUUAAAUAAUGAAUAAAUUUGCACUUUAUUAAACAAAUUUUAUUAUCAAUCAUUGUCUUGUUUGAAUGAACCACAAGAAACCUUUUAUUUUCAUUUAUUCAUUGCAGUAAGUUAUGGAAUGGAGUACUUAUUCAUUUAUAAGUGAUUUCUUAUGGCUUUCAAAUCGUGAAAGCACAUUGCCCAUUGAAAAAAAUAAAGUGAGAUUUGUGGUUUACAAAAUUUUAGGAAAUUUUUUUUAUCAAAUCUGAGUUUUGUGGGUUUUUUGGUACCUUCACUUCCUGUCUAAUUGCAAAUUUUAGAAAGAUAUCAAACAGAAAAAGUGUUACAACUAUUAUUUCACAAUUGCUUCCAAUCCCUUCUGCAUACUCUGAAGGACUGCCAUGCUUCUUGGUUGGCUUAGUGUCAACAGUGCUUGUUGAGUGAUGAGAAGUUUAUUUCGCUGUAAAAUGCACUUGUACAGAUGGGUAAUAAUGAUUUCCAAACAGAACAAUUUUCCGUUGAGUUUUGAAAGCGACCCUGGUUUGCUUUGGGUUUGCCUUACUUUAAUCUGUGAUUGGUCUAGAAAAAACUCACGCCACCAUCUCAACCAAUCAAAUACAAAAGUUAAACCAAUCCUAAUAUGAUCACUCUCGUUUUCCCGCGCUUCAAGCAGAUUGCUAGUUUUUACUUUAAGUUCUCAUUGGUUGAACAUGCCGUUAACAUUUGCUCUGAUUGUUAGUUGCUAUUACUUUGGCAAAUGUUCUUUAACACACAAUUGAAAACGGCUCUAAACUAUAAUUUUGAUGAAUUAGGCUCUGAAAUUUUUUUUUGAGACAAAAAUUAAUGCACAGUUAGUACAUUUUAAAAAAUAUAUAUUUAAUUUUAUUCCAAAUCCCGCCAGAGAAUGCUGAACAUAAGUAACUUUUUUUAAUAUAAAGAUUUAAAUUACAUACUUAAGGUUGACGAAUGAUGUAAUUGACUCAGAGGUAAGUGGAAGUAGCUGAUACAUCUCAAAUAAAUCUAACCAAAAUGAUAAAUAAAUUUUUAGAAAAAUAUUUUCAACAAACACGAUGUGUGCUGGGAGAUAAAGCAUCAAGAAACUCUGAGGCCUGGAAAAGAUGCACUUUAAGUUCAGGUGAUUGCUUAAUUAAGAACAAUAAAUAAAUGAUAAAGAGUAAUAUGUAAGAAUACAGUACAAUUUUUCUUACAAUACUCGAUGAGGUUAAAUCAGAAUUUGAGUGUUCCAGUGCAAAGUUUCAGCUUUGUAUUUAAGUAAAAUGCCUGUAGGAUCAUUCAAAUUGAAUAUUAAACAUAAAAUGUAUGGUUGGUAGGUAAAGCUUAUCCCAGUUUCCAUAACAUGAGGUGACAAGGAGUGCUGCUACUCCCCCCUGGAUGGGAUGUCAGUCUAUUGUAAGGUUACCCAUUUAUACUCCUGGGUGCACACACAAUGUUUGGGUCACUGCCCAAAUGUUCAAAGGUCAAUUAGCACUAACCCAAGGUUAAAUUUUAAUCUAGGUUUGUUCAUUCCUUUGUUCAAAGCAUUUUUGGGAUAAUGUUCUCUAUUCUUUUUAGAGCAUCCAUUCAUCAGCUUGUAGCGAAACAAACUUGCAAUGAAUUUUCUUUUAAAGCUUUCAGAGCUGAAAUCCAAUUUCACACUAACCCUGGGUUAUCUUAACCCAGCUUUGAACGACCUGGCCUUGGUCUCCAACUCGGUAAUUAAAAAGCCAGCAUUUUUACAAGCUAGAGAAUAAAGCUUUAAUGAUUAAAAUGAAGAUCUUCAAUUAGAAAUUUAUGACCUUAAAUGUUUUAUAAUUGAGAAGACUGAUCAAUUCACUGGCUAUUGAUCCGUGAAUUUGCAUCUACUGUUCCUCACAGAUACAGAUAGUUGAAGACCUCUACUGUUGCACUACGGUACUGUUGGAAUUAUUUUCCUCUAGAUCAUUGUUAAACUAAAACAUUGCACACCGCGAGUCAUGUAGAGAGGGUUAGAACUGGGAUUGUUUUAUGAAAAAACGCGUUAUUCUAUCGGUUGGGGCGUCGGACUCAGGGUUCAGGGGUCUGGACCUGGCAGGGUCUUUGUGUUGUGUUCUUGGCCGAGACACUUAACAAUCACAAAGUCUCUCUUCACUCAGGAGUACAAAUGGGUAGCAGUGAACUUGUAGGGGGGCUGGGUGAACUUCUAAAGUGGCUGACUAAUCUGUGACAGAAAACAGGUGACUAACCAUUCAUUCCAUCCAUUUGCGACGAGCUUCAGCUGGAUGGGCUUCUUCCUAAAAGUACAGAUGUACCGUUUGGGAAAGGUGGUGGAGUGGGGUGGGGAGUUGUUACCUGGGAAAGGGGGUGGGGUGGGGUGGGAAGUUGUUACCUGGGAAAGGGGGUGGGGAGUUGGUGCCUAUUUAGGAGGCAAGGUGCCAACUGUUGCAUUCCUGUUGAAAUAUUGACAUACACACAAAUCAAGAAUGCUGAAACUUUUGCGGUUGGACAAAGUUGUGUCGCUAAUUCUCCCUGUACACUUUCUACGAACCUUCAUUGACUUUAAAAAUUUUACAAACAGGUAGAAGUAACUUUAAACUUUCCUUGUGAUUUAAAGCAAGUAAGAAAUGAAAUCUAUGAUAAAAAUGCUCUAAAAGGCCUUAAAAACCAAACAGCCCUUAAAAACCAAACAGCCCUUAAAACAAGGUGGUGUUUUCAACAAUAAAGUAGAGUGAAUUUGUAUAAAUUUAAAACCCUAUCAUCUAACGAACAUUAGUGGUCGGGUGUAUUAGCUGAAGAAAAAUACAUUAAACUUAAGACCCAGUUGGCCAAUCUGAAUGACCCACAUGGCAAUUCAGGUGAAGUUUAGGUUUGAAGGUUAAAAUAGCCUUUUCCGGGAGAAGAGUGCACAAAAAAGACAGUCCGUCUUGGAGAAAGAAUACCUUUAUUUCUGUGGAGAAAAAAUGCUGAUCAAUCAAUCUGGUUAGUCAGUUGAUUACCACACUCUGGUGUCACACACUUUCCACCCAGUCGUUUGGUCUUCACCAAAUCCAAAAAUUCAAAGGGAUGCCAAUCGUUUUUUUAGAGGUAUCAUAUUAACCUUAAACUUAUAGCUAAAGUUUAAAAAAAUUCAUCUACCUUUGAGCGAUGAAAAUGUGUAUAAUUUUUUUUUUUUUAAGCCAGGCAGAUCCGCAGUCAGUAUGAUGGGUGAUAUAGAAAUCACUGGACGUUCCUUAAUGGAUGUAUCUCGUGUUACAUAAAAUCUUGUUUCAUUAAAUUUGCAGAUGUAGUGGGUCCAGGAAAGUUUGUAACAAUCAAACCCAUUCCUAUUGAAAAGCUGAGAGAAUACUGUGAAAUCAAUCAAGCUGAUGGCAACAAGGCAUUUAGAGAAGAGUUUGUGGUGAGUUAGUAGCUAAGGGUGAAUUUCUACAGAAGUCAUUUUUGCCAAUAGAUAAACGUCAUCCUCUGAGAAUGAUUGCUCAUCAUUACACUUGGUCGUCAGUUCUCUUCAAGGAUUUCGGGUUUGAGCUCGAGGGGACAGACGAGAAAUUGGAGGUUGCGAGGUGGAAAAGAAGGGGUCUGAAGAGAGUAACAGAGGACUUCCUUUAACCCAGGCUCUUGCCGUUUUUCGCUCUUUUUUUUCCUCAUUUUCAUUGACCAAGAGCUCGUCUCCGGCAGCUUAUUAACCUACUCGUUGGGUCAGACCCCACUUAUUGUUAUAAGGUGUACGCUGAAUCACAACUUCUGAUUUUUUUGUUGAUUUUCCAACUGCAGUCCAUCAGGGUACCAGGAAACUUCACAUGGGAGAGCAGCCAGAGACCAGAAAAUCAAGCCAAGAACAGAUACAAGAACAUUAUUCCAUGUAAGUCCAGUAUACCAUAUAACCAGAAGCUAAUCUCUAUAAUUUAAUUAAAAGUGGCCCAAAAUUACCAACCUAAAAAAAAAAAAAAGAAGAAAGAAAGAAAGCCAGGGAGGGGAGAGAGGGUUCGGCCCCUACCCCUACCCCUCCCCCUUAUCACUCCCGAAUCUCAGUUACUCAGGUAUUUCCUUAUGACUAUUUCUUGGGUCAUACAAUUAUUUAUUUCCGUUAAGAAUUAAGAUAAUUUCCCUUUCCUUUGUUACAGGAAUAAAAUGAAACGUGGCAGGCACUGCGUAUGAUACGCAUUAGAAUAUACCACACAGGUGAAUAGUGCUUUUCGCCCACGCUGAUUGGCUAGUUCGAAAGCGCUUAGGAAGUACCUAUUCACCUCCCGGGCAGCCGAAGAGACAAAAUCGCGCGUCAAAAAUUUAAUUUCUAACAUUUUUGGUGUAUUGAAAUAGAGAAACUAUAUUUUUGGUUGCUGUGUGGUAUAUAAUGAAACAAUUAUUCACCUCAGUGUUAAGUGAAAGUGGUGGAUAUUUACCUCGCCGCUUCGUGGCUCGGUGAAUAUCUACUACUAUUCACCUCCACUUCGGUAAAUAAUUGGUAACUAUCUGAAAAGAGUAUAUUUUUCGGGCAUUAGGCUUUUUGAUAAACUUCACGUCAGGCCAACCGUCACAAUUGUGUUGCUCUUCUUUGACUCAUUUGCAGAUGACCACACGAGGGUGCAAUUAGUGGAGUUGGAUGGUUAUCCAGGAAGUGAUUAUAUCAAUGCCAACUUCAUUGAUGUAAGUACAAUAACAAAAAAAUAGCAACAAUAAUGAAAUGUUUAAACCUUUAUCCUUUACAAUGAUCGGUAUCUAAUUUUUCCUCUCGAGAUCAUUGCCAAAUCAAAAGUCCAGGCCAUGAGAAUUAAGGAAUUGAUUGCCAACUACAGAAGCUCUUACGUAUUCUCUCUGUCAGUUCAAUACAAAUUAUGUCGUGCACAGCAUGGUGAAUUUUCAAACUGAUAUUUGGGUGUUAUGAGCGUUGGAGUAAGGUGUGAGGUUUGAAGCAGUUAUAGCAACGAUAACAAUUGUACACAGUUGCAAAAAUCAGGUUGUGAAGUAUCUCCCAUGAGUUGCACUCAGGUCUCUCCCGGCCUGACAAUGUUAACUGGACUACCUGAUAAGUUCCUUAUUGACUAUUAUUUGUUUAUUUGUUUAUUUUUAGGGUUACAAUCAUCACUGCAAGUUCAUUGCUACACAAGGUUUGAGUUUCUUUGAGUUCUUUCUUCUUCGAUGGAACAACCUACCUUUGCCAUGGGAAUGUCCCACUCGAUUGCCAUCAAUGAUGCUGAACGUUCACUCAUAAUAUUUACUUGAGCAGUUGGGUUUUUGUCAUGGAUUCUCGGACGCUACCAAUUAUUAAGGAAUUUUUGUAAAGUAAAUGUAGGCUGGACGCCAACGAAAUGAUCCCCCACCCAGUUUUGCUCGUUUGAGAUCAAAAGCUAUCAGAGACGGACGUAGGUUAUGAGGGUGUUAACGAGGCCUUUAUUUUUCCUUUCACCUGAGGUUUGACCUCAGGACUCGACAACGGCUCUUGACCAUAGUGCCACAUAUUGGGGUACGAGACAAUUCUCUGACCCACCCACCCCCCUCUUUUGCCAUUCCGCUCCGCGCUGGCAAUUUCUAAUCACGUCUUAUACAUACAUUUCAGGUCCUGUUGCUAGCACAUUUGGAGACUUCUGGCGAACAGUCUGGGACCAAGGCGUUUGUAUCAUUGUCAUGGUUACAAACAUGGUGGAAGGAGGACGGGUGGGUUAAACUACAUUUACACUGAACAUCAUUUUGAUAAUAUGUCGGAGACUGGGCCCGAACGUAGUUGAGUUUUGAUUGACACAGCACGUCAGUGCAGUGAUGCUUGUCGCUUUAGAGGGAGUGUUUUUUCCUAAGAAAAGGUAUAAGAGAUUAAAAAACGGUUUUAUUUUUAUAGCAAGAAAACCUGUGAUUGUGACUUUGGGAUACUAAACUCCUACUGCCACCAAGGCAAUCCCGAUAAAUACAUAGGUCAUAGGUAGAAAGAACCACUCAGAAUGCAAGUAGAAUUUUAAAUCAAGAAUACUUGUCUUUAGAUAAAGUGUCUGAAGUAUUGGCCGAGCGCCAGUCCAGAAAUGUACGGUCCUGUCCUGGUUUCUCCGGGUGAUGAGGAAGAACUUGCUGACUAUGUGAUUAGAAAGUUUUCGGUUCAGAUGGUGAGUUUGUUUUGGAUUAUUUGUACCUACGUUGCUUUCAGUGAGAUGGUUAGUGAGCCUAUAUGAGUCCGUGAAUGAUUUAGUCAGUUGAGUCAGCCAGUCAUUGAGUCAGUCUCUGAGGAGGUCAGCCAGACAGUUAGUCGGUGAGUCAGUCGGUCAGUCUGUCAAUCAGCUAGUGAGCUAGUCGAUCAGUCACUCUAUGAGUCAGCCAGUCAGUUAGUCAGACAAUAAGUUGGUGACUGAAACAGUCAGUCAGCGGUGAGUCAGUCAGUGGUGAGUCAGUCAGUUAGUCGUUCUGUCAAUCCGUUUGUGAUUCAAUGAUUUCUUGGACAGUUGAAGUCUGAGAUCUGUGAGCUCGUUUGAAGUACGUGUGUAAAAAAAGUACAAGAUAUCUACCCAGCUACAUAGGAUAAUACAGGGAAACUGCGAGUUGACUAAGGUGCAUAUAAGCUAGAAUGCUGACUUUCCUUGUUAUCUUUCUUAGACCUCAGACACAGCCGAGUAUCGCGCUCGUGAGGUGAUACAGUAUCACUUCACGGCUUGGCCUGAUCAGGGGGUCCCUACCCACGCAACCUCCUUGCUUGCUUUCCUGAAGAAGGUCCGUGCCUCUGUGCCAGAGGAUUCUGGGCCCAUUUUGACCCAUUGCAGGUAAUGAGAUGGGACCUUGAAAUAAUUUUUCGCAGCUGUCGUCCGUUACGCUCUAACGACAGCCACAGAAAUGAGUCGAAACAUUGCGGCGAGGUAGACGGGCAAAGUUCCCUUGAAAAAUAGACGAAGAGGAAAAUUGUUUUUUGAAAUUUGCGUUUAGCCUGUUUAUAUUUUGUAUUGGAAGUUUUUGUAUCCUUCUUCCUCUUCCACUGUUGUUAUGAUAAAAGAUAUUUAUUGGCCUGUGCCAUUUAUUUUGCAGUGCUGGUGUAGGACGCACCGGGACAUACAUUGUACUUGACGCCAUGUUGGACCAAAUAGAUGCUGAGGGAGUGGUAGACAUCUAUGGUUUUGUCUGUCAUAUCCGUCAACAGAGAAGCGCCAUGGUGCAGACAGAGGUAUGGCAUAAUUUAACGCGGGGUGGGAGGGAGGGGGGGGUAAGGGAUCGGAGGAAUUUAGUUGUGUCACUUAAAAUAUACUUAAUGCCCAUAGGCUCUAGAAAAAAAGACUCUCAGACCCCCCCUUCGAUAAAUAUUGACUGAUCCCCUUGUCUCUCCUUAAAACCAUGAGAACCCCCAACCCCCCCCAUGAAUAAUGACUGAUCACCGUCCGUUUCCGUUGAAAACGAUGUGAUCCCCCCUCCCCCUCCCUCUCAAUAGAAAGGUCCUCAGGCCCCCCUCCCCGUGCGAUAAAUAAUGACUGGUUCCUUUGGAAGGACUUAUGAUAUAAUGACGUGGACGGUUGUAUUUAUUUAUUUAUUCAUUUGUUUAAUCUUUCUACGACAGGCCCAGUACGUAUUUAUCCAUGACGCUCUGGUGGAGUAUGUCACAUGUGGCAGUACAGAAUUUGCUGUGCGUGACCUACCAGAGAACUUGCGUGUUCUUAACACCAUUGAUCCAGACAGUGGAGAUUCGCUUCUGGUGGUGGAAUUCAAGGUAUUAAACUUCUUUAAACCAGUAGAUUUCGUGGAGUUUUGAGAGGGUCUUCCGACCGAUCUGGGGAUGCAGUGAGGUGUGAACAAUUCUUAGAAAGUACUAGACUUCUCAAAAGUGUGUUUUUGUGAGGUUUUGAUGUUUCACCGUUCAGGAGACAACACAGCUCCUUCUGAUCAUAAUGUUUGAUUCAGCAGUAAUCUGCAGCGAGAAUUUUGAUUCUUGUGACACUUGGUGGGUAAAGGGUCAGGCGAUCUUUCAUCAAUUUCGUAAGGGUGUAAGCCGAUGUCAUUUUGGAAACUUAAUCUUCUUUAAUAAGGGAUGAAAGAAGCUCAAGGCUUCAUCUUAAUAGUUUUCUACGGAUAUACAUAGGCAUACUGAGCAAACAAUAGCUUAGGAAUUGAAAGUGCUUUUAUUCCUUUUCCUGGUUUGUGUCGUUUCGAAGGUACUUUGUGAGGAAGAGUUCUCGCUUGCAGUAUUUUAUUAAUAGUAGUAGCAGUAUUUUACUAAUAUGUACUCAUUGAUUGAUGUUAUCAUGUAGAACCUUGGCCUGGGUGACUCAGAUUACGAUUCAUUCAUCAGCGCCUCUCAGCCUGAAAAUAAAUCCAAGAACAGAUUUGCCAUACUCCCAUGUAAGUUGAAAUAAUUUAUAGGGAGUCUUAUUUAUAAAGAAAUUAAAGGCAGUCGCCCAGGAGAUUUAGUGAGAGGCACGGAUUCGAAUUUCGUCGAAGCCUGAAUUUUUUCAGGUUUUUGUUUUGCAAUUGCUUAAAGCUCAUUCCACCUGCGCGGAUCAUUUCUUUGCUUUAUUUCUGUACCAGAAAUCCAAUACAAUUUAUUUCCUUAAAAAUUGAGAACUGAAAUAGAUUGCUUCAAACUUGAUAUACAUUACCUUUAUAUGGUUCUAUUUUCUUUCUAGUUGAUCGGUCGAGAGUAAAACUGUGGCCUUUCACGGGUAUGGUGGGGUCUGAUUACAUAAACGCAAGUUUUGUAGACGUAAGUACAUUAUUAUUCAAAUAAUAAUUGUUAAUAAGUACAUCAAAAGCAUAGACUAGCAGGUAGUGAAACCUUUACACCCCAACAUCAGUAUGUAUAUUCUCCACACUGUUUCCUCCACACAUUUCUUAAGGUGAGAUGAACGACAGCUUCCCAAGUUACUGAUCAUUUUCUUUAUUCUCAUGACCUUAAUGUCUGCUUUAGGGGUGAGAUUGUGGGGAGAAAUUAGAUGCUAAUCAUUCUUAGGAGUCAAAGGGUUAAACUUAUCCAGGCGGGUCAUGUUUUAACUACUAAAUAUGAUGCAUCAAAGGCAAAAGAAAAGAAAGAGAGAAAAUAAGGACGAGAAGAAAAUGAGAUUAAAGUUUGGAACCAAAGUUACGCGUAAUUGUGUUCAUCAUUUAUUUUAAAACAUCCACAUACUUACGGUAUUAAACGUGAGUAGGAAAGUACAUAUUAGAGAACGAAAACUUACAAAUAAACUCACAAUACGGCAAAUUAUAUACCUUAACGGUGCAUAGCUUUACAGGAGAAAAACGAAAACGACGACGCUGCUUUUCACAAAGUGGACAUGAACAUUGGUCCACAGGACUAAAUUUUUACUCAAAACGCGACAAAUUACUCGACUUAAUUACGUACAUCACGCAACGAUACAAACAUCAACCACAAGUACGCAAUACAACUAAUGAAACAUACAAACACUCACUGGUAAUUAACACGUAAAACACAAUACACACAGGAAACGGUUUGACAAUAAGUUUCGCGAUUACAGAUAUGAUCAGAAUCAGAGGGUUAUCUUGGUACAACACCGAAUUCUCUUGACUGGUUUGAAAAGCAGAGAGAUAGGAAGAACUCACGCUUAGCUUUCGGGUUUCGGUUUGUACUACAAGUGCCCAUAAAUUUUUUUGCCAGUUGUGUGUUGUUUUUAUUCCAACCACACCGUCUCCGUUGUUUUUUUUUUCUAUCUGUUUUAGAGUUUCCAGCAGCGCGAGGCAUUCAUUGCCACCCAGGCCCCGUUGGAUACUACGGUCGUUGAUUUCUGGCGAAUGACCUGGGAAUAUGAAGCUAAUUGCAUUGUCAUGUUAUGCACACAGAACGAGAGAGAAGAGGUUUGGGAGUUGAUUUUUGUUUUAAGUCUAAUAUCUAAUUGGGUGCAAUUUCUACUCAACGUUUCCUUAAUUUUUUGUUGGCGGGCUACUUGGCUUUAGUGCAGACUUCUCUUUAAUUUUCAGUUGUCUGUGUGUUUGUUUGUUUGUUUGCCUGAUUUACCUGAUUUGCUGCAUUCAUUUGUCGUUUUCAGGGAAUCUGUGCAUCUUAUUUGCCUCACAAAGAGGAGUUCAUUGUUUAUGGUUUGUUGAUGAUCGAGAUUGAAGCGGAAGAUCUGAGAAAUGGUUUCUGUAGAAGACAACUGAAAAUUACGAACACAAAGGUGAAAAAAUAAACAUUUUCUUUUUGCGUUCGUUACGAUGGAAAGAAAACUAAGGAAAACUAUAUGGGUGUGUUUGCUGUAUUGUGCGUAACUUGAUGUCUAUGGUUGAAGAACCUUUGCCGUUACUGUUCCAGUGAAUUGACCAGUAAUGAAACCUCCAUACAGGAAACAGCGGUUGAUACCAUCAGCCGCUGUUUCCUGAGAACUGGAAAAAGUGUCUCCAGAACAGAGUUGUCUCAGUAGAGAACGUAGCAUAUAAGCGACGUAUAACUCACCGCCGGGGUUAACCCUUUACACCCUAACAUCAGUGUUCAUAUUCUCCUUACUGCCUCUAUACAUUUCCUGAAGCGCUGACAAGGAGAAUUUGUUUAAAGAUCAAGAGCUUUAUGAGUUGGUGAUCACUUCCUUGAUUCUCAUGACCUUAAUGUUUGAUUCAGGGGUGAUGUUGGGAGGAGAAAUUAGAAGCUGGUCACUUUUAGGGGUUAAAGGGUUAAGGCUCGAAAAAGGACCCUUGGAUAACAAGUUCCGCGCGCCAGCGAUCAAGCCAGCUUUUCUUCAUGAGUUCUUAACGGUGCCUCAUGAUAGUUCACUUUUUUCCGACUGUCUGUCUUUAUUACUUUGGUUUUGGUCGCACGACACUAAUUGAAACACGCUCACGAUAGCUUUAAACAUCGUAUUCGAUAACAUCGUAGCUUGCAGAGCUGGCGUAAUUGUGGCGAGCGAGGGCUCGGAAUUUUCAUGGUGAAAGUAAUAACGGCCGUUUUUUAAUUUUACAGAAGCGGAAGGCUGGGGAGAGAAAGAAAUUUGAAUCAAGGGGGUGAGAGACGGUCCAAAGGAAGGAGAGGGGUGGGGGCUGGGUUAAUAGAAAUCCACCCCUUUCUCCGUCCCCCUUACCCUUACCGUCUACUCAAGCUUUAAAUCAAACAUGGCCGGUCGAAUAGCCGAUCGCGAGCUUGCAACAUUAAAUUGCCUUAAAAGGCACCUUCCCUACAGGGUAAUAAUAUCGUGAUUCAAUGCUUUCUCUUGCAGAGCGGUGAAGAGCGCACCCUUUAUCAUUUUCAUUUCACGGACUGGGCAGAGCGCUCAAUUCCUCUUAAUGGUGUCGGGCUUCUUGACAUGAUGAAAUGUAUCACAAGGGUGCAGCAGCAGACAGGCAAUGGACCAAUAGUCGUCCACUGCAGGUAAACCCUUUGAAAGUAUCACAUGAGACGGAUCAAUGUCAGUAUCUGAGCAACUGUGCACCUACCCCUCCCUUAACCCAACAUCAAUCCUAACUUGUUAUGAGUUGACUGUUUUUGGGUUAGGGGAGGGGUGGGUGUGUAGUUCCUCAGACACUGACAUUGAUCCCAUCAAAUCUGGUAAUUUUGAUCGUUCCCUGGAUUGGCAUCAAUUUCUUCAAAUGUUCCAUCUGCAAAAUACGUGUAGUUUGUGCAAUUUUUAGAUCCACAUCUAUAUUGAAUUUAAAAGUCAUCCACCGGAAAAUGCGCAGUAUCCCGUUGGUUAAGGUGUCAAUGGGCUCGUUUAUUUUGUUGUCAGUGUUCUAGUUCUAAACUUCGCAAAUUUGAAUAUUUUUAAGAUUUUACCUACUGGCUUUGAUUGAAUUGCGAAUGGCAGUUUUUAUAGUUCUAACUAAAUAUUUUCAGGAAACAUAAACACGUCGCCCUCCUAACGUUGUUUAAUACGGAAACAUUUUAUAAUUUGGUUAUUAUUCCAUAAUUAGCAAAGGAAACAAAUGUUAUCUCUGGUUCCCUCUCUUCUAGCGAUGGAAGUGGUCGUACUGGCACUUUCUGCGCUAUUAAUAUAGCGCUGGAGCGGGUCAAACUUGAUGGUUCAGUAGACAUGUUUCAGACCGUACGGCGCUUGCGUACUCAGAGACCUCUUAUGGUACAGACAGCGGUAAGGAAAAUCAAACGAUGAUACUCUUUAUUCCAAUAAGCAUCUUAAAUGUCUUGUGGCUCUGAGGGGGGAUAUAAUAAUAGCUGAAACGAAGUUUACGACCGUAAUCUUCUUUUUCUCGUACGAAUCCAUGCCACGAUAUGUCACGUUCCUUUUUUACGCUUUAGAAAAGAAGUGAUAAAUUGAAGGAAACGAUUAAAUGAAAUAACGGCAAGAAAGCAAAUAUUUAAGACAUAACGAUAAGCAGUUUAGGAAUAAGGACGCUUUUGAAUGGAGAAUAUCAACAGGGAUUGUAAAAAACAAAUUUGAAGAAUUUAUUCAAAAUAUUUCCAAGAUGCACACGACAGAGCUACUUGUAAAGAUGCUCAAAGAUGCUCAAAGAUGCUAUAAUGUUGGAUAAUAUUCCACAUGAAAAUGAUCAGUUCAAGGCUAAGAUGAUUACUGAUGAGCACAGGGAGGAGGGGGUGGGAUUAUUUAUGAGCAAAGUGCGUAAGGUGUAUAAUACCUCUUUCAGACCCUUACCCUUUUCUCCAUUCUCGUUUCUAGCCAACAAUUAUUUUCUCUAGGUUAUAUAAGUUCAGUCUGCUCCUUGCUAUUUGUGACCCGUUUUCCCUUGAUCCUUGCGGGACCUUGAAGAGCAUGUUGCUGUUACCUAACGCCGUCGAUCCUCGACACAGUUUUUUACAGUUUAUGCCAAGUGAAACUACAAAAUUAAAUUUUUGAAUGCAUGAUCAUUUCGGUGAGUACACUUUAUUAUUCUUGUCAUAUCCGCAUCUUGCUAAUCUUUGGUUGUCUUUUCCGUGACAGGAGCAGUACAAGUUCUGUUACGAAAUGGUACGAUUGUUUGUGGACUCGUUCAGCGAUUAUGCGAACUUCAAGUGAUGCGAAAAUACUGGAAUAUCUUCACAAACAAGACAAGUGCUAUACAAAGUGUUGCACAUUACGUGAGGCCUCUUGUCUCAGAGAGCUGGUAGAGCCCUUUAACAUUAUUUAUGAAAAAGAUUCAAUGCCCUCUUUGUUGGAGAAGUCAGCACAAUUUCUCAUCAGAUAGAGAGAACAGACAACUCAAGAAAUAGAUACAGUGAUCUUUUCUCGAUGAAUGAAAAAAAAACCCUGUACGGAAAGAGAACUUCAUGCCAUAACGAAGUGAAGUUCAUGAGUUGUUGGUAGUGGUUCUUUGAAGUUAAAAUGUGCUUCCCAAGUGCACUUAAAAGGAAAGGAACGAUUGUUUCGAUCACGGUAUUAAUUUUGUUUCUGCAAUAAUGUUUAAUUUUCAUGGGUAUUUUCUUGGAAAAGUGAUGUAAUAAUUAAGUUAUUUUAAAAUUGGUGCUAAAUUGCUCAGACGCAUAAUUCUAGAAUCUCUGUAAUUACAACUGGACCUCACUUGACUUUUCCACGGUUUCAUUAGGAUUUCAUCCCUUUACAAGCGCUCGGGAUGUCCCGAUAGAAAAAGUUUUUCCGUGAUAAUUGUUGGGAUGUUCUGACAGCAAGUCAAGGGUUAUUUUUGUGUAGUGCUAUUUUUAAUGUAAUAUUUUGUAUAGCUUCGAAGAAGGCAUGCGCGAAAAUCUUUUCAUUUUUGAUGCUAUUACUUAUUUUAUUCAUCCAAUUGUAUAAAGGCUUUCAGUCGAAGAGAACAAAAAGGUAUUUUUUAUAAGAGUUAUUUCUUUAGUAGCAAGAACUUUUUUCAACAGUCGUCAAAUUUACAAGAUGCAAACGACACAUAGAAGUGUAGAAUACCUUUGUAGACAGAAUUUGUAACACAUACCAGUGCAUAAGGUAUUUUUGCAGCAUGUAGAAACUUCAAGCCUAUGACUCGGAUGGAGAGCCGUAGUUUUUUUCGCAAUUUCUCUCACGAAUUAUUUUUCAUUAAACAAAUUCGGAGCCAUUGAAUAUGCAUCGCUCCAUAUUUGAGUCUUGGGAAGUUUUCAUGGUAGUAUUCUGUGCUUCAGACUCGUUUCCAGUCAUGAGGAAGGUUUAGAGGAAAGCGCAUAGCAUCAGGGGAAAACGUAAUCUUAACGUCCUUUUCAGCAUGACAUGCAAUGUUAAUUAUUAAGACAACCCCUUGCCCCCAGCUUUGUUGCCAUUCGGUAGCAAAUGGUAUGACUUUGUCCUCAAAACAAUAUAGCAAUAGAUUCCAGACUAAUUUUCAAGGUCCAAAUUCCCA